AGAGCUUCUGAAAUGAGGGAACAGAACAGAUCUCUAAUCUCCAGACUCUGACACAUAUCGCACUUUUCUCAGUUGCUUAGGAAAGAGAUUUGCAUCCAAAAAGAAGUGGGAGGUUUAAAUAGGAGUUCGUACAUUUAUCUUCUGUGGUCCAUGCGGUGAUUUACAUUUUGCUAGUCCCAUGGAAUCCACAACACUUCAUAAAGUGCAUUCAUCACAAACAUGCAACCAGGGGAAACAAAGACCCUGUCCAAGUUCCUACCAGCAGUGUCCAAAAGCUCAUCUGGGUUGCAGUCAGGGAAGCAAGGCUGUGGGGUGUCACUGAUGCACUUCUAGGAUUUGACUGAGUUUGCACGACACUCCAUCAGCAGCAGACGCCUGCAGCAAGGACAGUUCUUGCAAGUGACACCGUCGAUGUGAUUGAAGCAUGACAGAGGUGAUGAACACCCGAGAGCCGGUGAUGGAGGAAUUCGCGCUCAGCCAGACUCCUGAGGAGGAAGGAGGCCCUUCAAGCCAGGCCUUCCCAGACUCACGUGAGAAGUACCCCAAGCUGUCCAAAAGACUGCCUUCGAUCGUGGUGGAGCCCACCGAGUCCGGAGAGGUGGAGAGCGGGGAGCUGCGCUGGCCUCCUGAGGACCUCAAGUCAGCGGAGGACAAGGGUCUUCAUGGUGACCAAAGAGUCUGUGCCCAGCAACAGCAGCAGCAGAUGGAUCUGGAAGAUACUUUAGCACACCCAGCUCAAGAAGUGGAAGAAAGUACAGAUAUUCUGGAAAGCAGAACUGAAGAGAAUGAGUAGGAACUCCAUGGCCUCAGAAGUGAAACUUCAUUGUGAAUGUUGUUGGAAAGCUAAUACACUCUGAAGACAUGUUGAAGUAAUCUGUAUUUAAAUCUGCAAGGGUUUUAUUUAGUUAGUACCUGGUAAGAAGCAUCUGGGCUUUAGAACUGUUCUUCUAACAUUUUGAUUUUCAGGCUGGGAUUCAUAUUAUUUGUUUAAUUUCCCCUUGGGAAACAAUGGGAUGUGUUAGGAAAUACAAGGCUGUCAAGGAAAAGAUGCUCCUAAUUUUAAUUAGUGCAUUUUGUUGGUUUUAUAUUUUUGAAGAAAGGCUGCUUUCAGGUAUCAACAGCAGGACAAAGGCGUUGCGUUUCCACAGGAGGGAUGUCUUAAAUCUAAAAACUUUCUUUUUUUAGCCAUUUAAAACUAGCACUGUGAUAUUAUGGACAAUAGUUGUAAUAUAAUGUCACCAGUUGAUUUUGUAACUUUUGUAUAGAGACGCAAGGGCAAGGUUUGCCUCCAGGCUGCCGCCCUGGGGCAGCCCAGAGCAGUUCUCUCCCUUUGGCUAACCUGUGCAUAUUUGGACAAACCAGCCUUUCCUUAGCUGCCUUUUCAGUAAGGCUGAUGCCUUUUGGAAGCGCUUUCUCGCUGUACCUUAAUGAAGCGAUGAGCUGGUUGCUGUUGUUUGUGGCGUGAGGCUGUCUGUGUUGGGCUUGGUGGGGUGGAUCGUGCUGUCCGUGCACUCUUCAGGCCGGGACCGGCCAUAGCGUGGCGUGCACUUCUCACCCUUAAAGCUGGUGAGAUGGCUCCUGCUUCUCCCAGGGCUGGCUUUGUCCCACCUUGUUAAUAGAGAUUGUUGUGACAUUACUUCUUUGGUAUGUUUGGUGUAUAACGUAGGUGCAGGGGCACAGCUGCUCCUCCCUUGCCCGGAGCUGGGCGCUGGUAGGGGGUAGGUGGCAGGAGCUCCAUAGCACAUCCCAAACCUGUCCUCUGUUUUGCCUGGCUCCAGGUUUGCCCUGAGCCACCUGCAGCAGGAAGGGUGCAGGAGAGCCGUGGUGGAAGGACAAACACUUGCCUCCCUCCCGCCCAAGUUGGCACUGCUGGCAGGAACACGUGUGCCAAGGGGUGCCCUCCUGACCUGCGGCACAGCCCCCUCAGCUUCGCUUGUACCAUCACCCCCUGGAGCCCAGAGCCCAUGGUGGGGCGAGCUGUCUCUGGACACUUUUGCCCUCUGGCGGAUUUUCCUUGGGAGUUUGGGGGUCAUUUUGACAGGAGUCAAUCCCUUCCUGCACAGGGACCUCGCAGAGACUCCCUCUUGCUGUCCCAGGAGAAGCACCAGUCUCAGCCCAGAACACGAUGGGGGUGGGUACUGCCCGUACUCAGAGGGGUUUGACUGUCAGUGAUGAGUGUCCUGGAAGCUGCAAAGCUGGCUAUCUCCAUCUCUGCAGGGCUGGAUGGGGUCUGUACUUCCAAUUAAUGUUGCAUCCAGAAGAAGCUGCUCACUGUAGGUGGAGCGAAAUAAUAGGAUUUCUUCCAGCAUUAACUCUUAAGUUGACUUCCAAGUGCUUUCUUUUUUCCAGUAAUAAUAUUCACUAACAACAACUUUUAAUUGCAUGAUGGUUGAUAAAAUUUACUGGCCAGAUGUAUUAAUAAGUUUUUACCUUCUUAGCAACCAAAUUUAAUAUAUUUACUUACAAAGAAUUCUGUGCAAUGAAUGUUUAUUACAAAGGAAAGAGACUAUUUUACUUCAAAGCAACAUUAAUUUAUGUACAAAACUUUAGCUCAUUAUUAGGGAUGUUUGGGAUCUAGGACCCUUUUUUUAAGCAGUAUAAUGUAGUAGAGUAUAAUGUGAUACUUAAGUUAAACUUUGCUCUCAAUCUAUAUAACAGUGUUUUGCCUUCUUGAUGUAGACUUUCUUGCCUACACUGUUAGAAUUAUUUUGUUGGGUGAGUGGGAUUCUGGUCAGAGCACCAAAUUUCACCAGAGUAACUGAAGGUUUCAAGAGCACUUCCUAAAUCUGGCUGCUGUCCCUGUCACCCCCUUCACUGGUGACAGUUUUCUGGUAAAGCCAAUGAAGCCAACAAAGCUGGAGCUACGUGUUGGCACAGGAGCAGUGAGGGGAGGGAGGUCCCGGCUCAGACCCACUGUGGCAGGAGGAGAGCUGUGCUGGUGAGGCGGCCAGGCUGAUGGGAGGUGCUCUUUAAAUGCUGCUUUUGCAUCGACUGUCAAGAAGUUUUACAAAGCUCUGGGGAGAAAACAACAGCAGUGACGACAUAUUUUUAGCUGUGUGAUUUCCUGCCAAUCUGUGUCUGCCCAGCUCUGUGAGGAAUGACGUUAGAUGUAUCACUUAAUUUGCUUUUUGCUUUAUAAAAGGAAAAACAGUUGUUUGAAACACUUCCCCCAAUUUUCUGUGCUCUCUAUCUGCUUUCAGACGCUCCCUCCCUUCCUGCUCUGGAUGGCCCUUAUCCUAUUUCCACCUGAGGUCAAUGGCACUUCCCUAAAUAUGUUUCCCAAAGAAACAACUAAAUUCUACAUACACCCUGAAAAAACGCCACGCCAGCACCGCUACUUUUUUUCAUCCUUGUACUUAAAGCUGCAGCUGGUAUAGAAAUCCCAGAUUUCCUUCUUCCAGCCUAAUUACUCCUCUCUUUCCUUUCCCCUCUUUUGUGCUGCUACCCUGAAGUAUUUUACCUGAAGCAAAUGGCUGCUUCCAACUAAAGCUUUCUCCUAAAGCUUUGUGGCCUCAGUUUAAGAACCGUGCAAAGCCAAACUCCUCCUCCCAUUUUUAUUUUUCUGACCAUGGGCCAGAGGCCCUAAAACAGGAAAGCAAGAUAGAGAGAAAAUUGUUUUAUACAAACAAACCCUAUUUAUUCAACUUGCAGGUCUAUGAAUGUCCACUUACUUUGUCUGUGUGCAAGUGUUGUCUCUCUAAUAAACUCAAUAGUUGUUUUGUAUUUUUUUCUGGAUUAAAAGCUUUGUAGAAACUAAAAAGAAAAAAAAAAGACAUUCAGUCAUAUUUUUCUAGUCUAGCUUGUAGAAUAUUUCACGUAGUGCAGAAAUAAAGUUUUAUGGAGUAAGACAUUGUUGAAUUUUGCUCUAUUUCAGUUCUUUCUAAUUUUGUAAAAUGCCACCUGUACAUAAUACUCGACUAAUGUAUGUCCUGUAGAUGUAUUACACCAUUUAGCCUAUUAAAUGCCUAUACUGAACUGAUUGGAAGAA